AUGUCGGAUUUUGAAAUAGCUUUCAAAUUCUUGUCGGAAAACCCAACCAUGGAAGUUUUCAUUGGGUUUGCAACACAAGUGGAAAUGAUGGCAUCGAGAAUGUCAUCCGAAGAGAUGAAAUCGAAUAUUCUGAAAGUCUUCACUGCUAUUUUGAGCGAAGGAAAAUUUGAUGAGAUUCGUGUAAACGAAGAAGUCUUGCGCAUCUACAAACUCCUCGCAGAUUUCAGUCAACGACUUGGAGCAACCGGAGUCUAUGAGCAAAUCGACAAGAAAGGGUAUUUCCAGAAGUCACUCAAAUUCCAUCUACAAUGGGCUGAAGAAUAUGGAAAGGCGGACAAUUUGGAGAAGUUCAGAAAUGUGCUUGAUCUUGCUCGGGAAAGAUUGAAAUCGAUAAUGGCAAACAACAAAAUCGAAGCUGGGUUCCGAGAUUUAGCCGAUUUGUAUUUCAAAGACGAAGUCGAUUAUCUAUUCCUCGACCCUGAUAACACAAUUACAAUUAACGACUCUCCUUACAAUGGAAAAAGAACAAAUCGAAGAAGAUCAUCGAUAAAUAUGUUAAGAAGAGGUUGUCCAGUUGUUGAUCCGGCAAAGAAGAACUUUUUCGGACCAAAAAGUAGGUUUUUGUGUAUAUUUUGUUUUUAUUGAAAACUAAACAACAAUAUAAUACUUUUUUCAGCAAAAAGUUUACUGAGAAGUGAAUUUUUGGAUGGCGAAAAUGGAUUUGGAACAUCACCUGAGGAGUUUCGAUUUGCUCUUCUUAAUGAUGUGGCAGGCGAUGAAUUGGAUAUUCAGAUGGACGAAGAAACGGUUGUCGUGCAAGACAAUAAACCUGUUGAUUUUCCGAUUGUUAAAAAUGAAAAUCGCCGUCGCCCACUCUCUAUUGUCGAUGAAGAACGUGAUGAAGCGGAUUCCGAGAAAAAAUCUCGAAUUUAUUCACCAAUUGUUGCAACCAAAGAUGCGAGUCGAGUUCCACUUCGAAAUUCUUCAUUUCUCAACGAAAAACCACCUACGACAAUCACUCUUUCUUCGGACACUAAAAUCAGCGCAAUUGAAAAUGAAUCGUUUGGCGAAGUUGAAAAUGAUAAUGAAAAAUUGAGAGAAAUGAAAAGUGGAAGAAAGGAAAGAACAAAUUCUGAUUCAGGUUCGUAAACAGUUUUCAAUAAGUGCUCCAAUUUAUUUGUAUUUUUAAACCUCGUGAUGUUUUUCAGAAAAAUCAACACGUUCUCAAAAAUCCAAUGUUGGUCUUGAUAUUAUGGCUGAAAAUAAUUGUUUGGAGGCGCAUGCAGCAUUUUCGGAUACUGUUCAUAUUGGAAAAGAAGGAAUUGUGAUGAUUGAAGAACAUACAAUGUUGGAAAAUGUGAAGAGCUUGGCAUCAACUCAGAAUGUUACCACUGAUUUUUCAGUGUAUUGUGAUCCUGAUCCAACUUUUGUUGUUCAUUCAAAUGUUGGGAAUUCGGAAAAUGUUUCACGUGUUAAUCACACCUGACGAGACGUGUCCAAAAGUGACACUGUACAAAAAUUUCCAAAAGCCACACUGUACAUUUUUUCACGAAAAAGUGUAGAUUUCAUUGAUUUUCAGCGGAUUUUAAUGAAAAUUUUUAAAAAACUCAUAAUUUCACACUGCACAAUUUUUUUUGCAAAAAUUUCCACGCUGCACAAAAAUUUUGGGACACUCUCUCGCCAGGUGUGGUGUUAAUGGUUUGAAUAUGAGAUAUGAACAAUCACCCGAACAUCAAAAAGUUUUGAAGCCAAAAACAUUUGUUGAAGUCGAAUCCAUGCACGAUGUUUCAUACAACUCUCCACCUAUCGCAAGUUCGAAAACUGAAAAAUGUAAGUCGGUCAAUAAUUUGUAUUCCAAAUAUUGAAUAUUUCUAACAAUAGUUGUUAUUUUUCAGAUUGGGAUGAGUCAAUCACAGGUUUUACACCUGGAAAUAUUGUGACAUCAACACCAGCAGCUCAUAUUCCAUUUGUGAAUGUUGAGGAUUAUUUUGGAAACACUCAAAAUAUUGAAAAACCUGGAGAACAACCACAGUUUGUGAUUCCUGAUGCGAAAGGAACCCUUCAAAAUCGAUUGAACCGUCGAAAAUCGAUUGCUCAAGCAAAACAAGUUGAAGAUGAAGUGAAAAAUAAUCCAUUCGAUGAAUUACUUUCGGAACAACUUGGAAGAAGAUUGUCACUUGGACCUGAAGAAAUGGGGAAUAAACAAGUUGAAGCAAAAUCGAUAGAAGUUGAAGAAACUGGGCGGAAAGAUCGACGAAGAAGUGAGGUGAUUCGACAAGAAAAUAAUCCAUGGGAUGAGAAUUUGCGGGCUCGAAUCAUGAAACUUGUUUCAACUCCAACAAAUAUGCACGAAUUCGAAAUUAUCAGUCCAAAAAUUCUUUCGAUGAAAUCAUUUGAAGUUGGCGGUGAAACUUAUGAUAUUCGAAAUCUUCUUGGACAAGGUGGAUAUGCGAAGGUUUAUAAGGCAAUUACGGAGGAAAAGAAAAUUGUGGCAGUCAAGGUAAUUUAUUAAUUAGGUUAUUAAUUAAUUGUGAAAUUAAAUGUGUUUAAUUUCAGUACGAGAUUCCAUCGUGUGCUUGGGAAGUUUAUAUUUGCGAUCAAAUGAGAACUCGAUUGUUGGCAAGAAAUGAUUCAACAUCACAAAUUAUUUCCAAUCAAUGUAUUAUGCAAAUCACCGACGCCUACAUUUUCUCGAAUGCUUCACUUCUUGUCAACGAAUAUCAUGAAUUUGGAAGUCUUCUUGACAACAUCAACAAUUCCAAAGAUCCAAAUUGGCAUAUCUCAUGCUUUUUGCUUGUUCAACUUGCCAAAAUUCUCGAAAAAGUUCAUGAAUGUGGAAUGGUUCAUGGCGAUAUCAAACCGGACAAUUUCAUGAUUACACGGAAAAUUGAUAUGAGUUGGGAAACGGAUAAAUUGAUGGGAGAGGAUAUGUUCGUAGUGAAAUUGAUCGAUUGGGGAAGAGCUAUCGAUAUGUCGAGAUUGAAAGAGAGAGAAUUCAAGGGAAGAGCUGGUACUGAAGGAUUUGAUUGUCCCGAAAUGAUCGUAUGUUUGUGCUUCAUUUUUUUUUUGAAAAUUAUUUUUGAUUUUAUAGGAUGGUCGCGGAUGGACUUAUCAACCAGAUUUCUUUGGCUAUGCUGCAACAAUGGCUGUUCUCAUUUCUGGAACUUAUAGCAAAAUUGUUGGCUCGGAACUUGGAGAUUAUUCGUUAGACGUUGAAAUCAAGAGACGAAACAAAUUGCGUGAUCCAGCGAUGGAAAUCGUCAAAAACUAUUUGAACAUCUCUUCUUGUUCACAACUUCCAAAAUGGUCAACUGCAAUCGACUUGUUCACCAAUGUUUGGAAAGAGCAUUUUGAUAUUUCGGCAUGGAGACAAGCAGCCGCGAAAUUCAAUGAAGCUUGCGAAAAAUCCAAAAAAUAG